AUGGAAUCUAUGCAAAUCAGAAGGGAAGGAAGAAGGGUGGUGUUCAAGAGCAUAUUCUGCCACAAUUACCCAGCCAGAAAACCUGACUUUCUCUCUCCAUACGUUUCUCCGUCGCUCUUUUCUCACACCGUAGUACUUUCUCUCUCUACGCGGCGACCGAAGAGUGCACCGCCGUCCUCUAUCUACGCCAUUAAAGUGAGAUAUCCUGGGGUGAAAAUUUGGGUUAGGUUUUUGAUGCUCUGGUUCGGGUUGAGAUCCGCAAGGUCAGUUCAGAUUACAGCUUUUAGUGGCAGUGGCAGCAGUGGUUCUUAUGGGCAGGGUAGCACUGGGCCACGGGGGCGCCUUGGGAGUGGUGGUGCGGGAAUGGUGGCGUUAUCAAGGAAUCGGGGUACACAGAAGGCUGGUCCAAAACUCUCUGUUCCACCCCCCUUGAAUUUGCCCUCCUUGAGGAAAGAACACGAAAGGUUUGAUUUAUCAGGGUCAGGCGGAGGGCCAGGUGGUGGUGUUGGUCCUGGAAGUGGGCCAAGGCCCACUUCGUCAGGUUUGGGCUGGACCAAGCCUGUGGCAGCUACUGCUUCAUCAGAGAAGAAUGAGAGUAGUGUUGAUGUUCAUGUGGCUGAUGGAAUGAAUGCUACUGAUGGAUUAAAUUAUGGCGGUGGUUCUUCUUUGCCAAGUUCGGCUCAACCUGAUGAGCUUGGAGUUGCGCGUUCUAGUUAUCCUGCUCGGGCAUUUCCACCAUCAGCGGCGAAAGUCACAGUUUUGAGAGGUGAGGAUUUCCCCUGUUUGCAGGCAGCAAGGCCUGUUUCAUCAGGCACAUCACAGAAACAGAAGGAGGCUUCGAUCCAAAAACAGAAUCUGGUGGUGAGUGAGGAAACAUCUGAGGACAAGAGGGAUAGUUUCCAUUCAAGUCUGGUAGCUGAUGUAAUGCAACAGGGACAGUCUUCAAGGAGUACUGUUGGAAGUGGGUCGUUGCAGAAUGCUGGAGAAGGUCAUAGGAUGGGCGGCUUGCGAAUGGAAUAUCACACUCGGAAACAGGAAGAUUACUUUCCUGGUCCACUGCCACUGGUUCAGUUCAUUCCGAGAUCUGAUUGGGCUGAUGAUGAGCGUGACACUGGCCGUGAGUUUGCAGAACGGGGAAGAGAAGUUGGGGGUUCAAAAAAUGAAAAUUAUUGGGAUAGGGAUUUUGACUUGCCCAGGCCCAAUGUUUUACUGCACAAACCAGUUCAUAAUCAUAAUCAUAAUCAUAAUUGGAGUCAACGAGACAAUGAAACUGGAAAAGUAUUUUCCAGUGAAGUCCUUAAACUGGACCCUUACAACAGAGAUUUGAGAACAACUAGUAGGGAAGGCAACAAGUGGAAAACCUCGCCGUUUUAUAAAAAUGGAUUAAAUUCUCAAGAGGUUGGAAAUGACCGAAAUGGUAUUGGUGCAAGGACUGAUGGACCCAACAAUGCUGCUAAGGACAAUAAGUACAUUCCACCACAUUCUGGCGACACUGUUAGAGAUGGCAGUGUGAUUGUUAAUCGGGGUUCUUCAUUUGGAAGGAAGGAUGUGGUACAUGUUCCAGAAGUGAGGCAGCAAUGGAACAACUCAAUGGAAGUACAUAACAAUCGAGGGGUUGAGCAUAAUAAUCGAGAUCGUUAUGGUGCUGAGCAACCGAACAGAUACAGGAGUGAUAAUUUUCAGAAUAAUGCAUUAUCUAAAUCUUCGUUUUCUUCUGGUGGGAAAGUUCCUUCUAUGACUGGUGUCAAACUGAAUUUAGGCAGGGAGAAACAUGCUUUUUCCAGAGGAGAGAGACUGUUUUUUGAGGAUCCCUUCUCCAAAGACUUCGGUUCUGCAGAUUUCGAUGAAGGGGAGCUCUUUCCCGGGGGUCUUGUUGGUGUAAUUAAGAGGAAGAAGGAUGUUGCUAAGCCUACUGAUUUUCAUGAUCCUGUUAGGGAAUCUUUUGAAGCAGAACUUGAAAGAGUUCAGAAGAUGCAAGAGCUUGAGAGGCAGAGGGUCAUCGAAGAACAAGAAAGAGCUCUGGAGCAAGCUCGAAGAGAUGAAGAGGAGAGACUUAGAAGAAUCAGGGAAGAGGAAGAAAGGCAGCGGAGGUUAGAGGAGGAGGCUCGUGAAGCUGCUUGGAGAGCAGAACAGGAGAGACUGGAGGCUAUUCGGACAGCUGAAGAAAACAGAAUUGCCAGGGAAGAGGAGAAGAAGAGAACUCUUAUGGAGGAAGAGAGGAGGAAACAAGCUGCCACGCAAAAGCUUUUGGAAUUGGAGGCUAGGAUGGCCAAGAGGCAGAGUGACACUUCAAAGAUUGAUGCUUCCAUGUCUUAUGCGAUUGUGAAUGACAAAGUAGAUGCUGGGGUGAAGGAAAAUGAUAGCUCCAGGACUGUUGACCUGGACAACUGGGAAGACAGUGAAAGAAUGGUGGAUAAUAUGAUGACAUCAGCAUCGUAUGAUUCAUCUGCUUACGACGGACCUUUUGAUAUCAGUUCUGGGCCUUACCCUCCUAAAGACGUUUCUUCAAGCUUUUUUGACAGAGGAAAAAGUGUUAAUUCAUGGAAAAGGGAUAUGUUUGAAAAUGUGAGUACCUUGCCCUUACCAGCACAGGACCAGGAGAUUGGUUAUAACAGUCCGAGAAGAGAUACAUUUGGUAGUGGCACAGCAGUUCCUAGAAAAGAGUUCUAUGGAGGAUCUGGAUACGUGAAUUCUAGGGCUUAUUCUAAAGCAGGCAUGCAAGAGCCUUUCUUAGAUGACUUUGGACGUCAGAAAGACCAUAGGUGGAACGUGCCAGGGGAUGUUGACUUGUACAGCAAAAAUAGGGAAAUCAAUUCCGGAUUUCAUGAUAAUUUUGUAGAUAAAUUUGGUGAUAAUGGAUUGGGACAGGGCCGUUCUCGCAUUAGUACUCGCUCACCUUACCCAGAGCGACUGUAUCUGAAUUCUGAGGCAGAUGAGCUUUAUCCGUAUGGGAGGUCACGGCAUUCCAUGAAGCAGCCUCGCGUUCUCCCCCCUCCACUUGUUUCCUCUCAAAGAACUUUUAAGGGGGCGAAUGAGCAUCCUGGUCCAUCAACUGUCCUAGAUAAUGGCAUCCAUUAUGCUUACAGAGCAAGAAAUGAAUCUAAUAGGCAGACAGGUUAUUAUGGGGGUAACCAGGAAGCCCUUGAAGUACCCAACCUUGUUGAACUGCAGCAAGAAAACACUCCUAAUGAAGACCAGAAAUUGAAGGACAUUUCAUCAAGAUGUGAUUCACAAUCUUCACUAUCUGUUUCAAGUCCACCCAACUCACCACCUCAUCUCUCCAAUGAUGAAUUGGAAUCUGGAGAUUCUCCUUUGGUAUCCAUGGUAGCAGAAGGAAAAAAGAAUCAGCCUUCUGCAAUUGAUUCUGUUAUCUUGAAUGAUAAUUCUGGAAACGAUGCCAUGAUAAUAGUGCCAAUUCCUACUUCUGCUGUUGAGGAUGAGGAGUGGACUCCUGAAAAUGAUGAUGAGUUGCAGCAGCAAGAGGAAUAUGAUGAGGAUGAAGAUGGUUAUCAGGAAGAGGAUGAAGUGCGUGAAGGAGAUUACGGGAAUCUCGUUCUGGACCCAAAAUUUGAAGAUUUGCAGCUCGAGGACAGGGAUUCUUCUCAUAUUUUGGAAAAUGUGGUCUUAGGCUUUGACGACGGUGUAGAAGUUGUAAUUCCAAGUGACGAUUUUGCGAGAAAUUCAGGGACUGAAGAAAGCACAUUUGGAAUUUCUGGCAGUCAUGUUCAUAUUAAGGAAGAACAAGGGGCUAUCAAUAGGGUUCCAGAUGACGAACAAAGUUUUCUGCCUACUGAUGAUUCCUUUGGGACCAGCAAAGAUAGCUCCUCUGAGAAGAUUCGGGAAUCCGAUAAAUUGUUGACAGCGGCUACUGUUCUACCUAUCAGUGCUCCUUAUUCCUCGACUACAUCAGAUCUUUUAUAUGUCGAUGUCUUGGGUAGCUCUGUUUUACCUGCUCAACACCUCGUCUCAGCUUCAGGUGAUGUUACAUCUGCUGCUGGUGAGAUCAAUAUGUCAUCUAUGGCUUCUGCUGGGACUCAGGUUGAUGUACCUGUUAAGCUUCAAUUUGGGCUGUUCUCUGGUCCAUCUCUGAUACCAUCUCCAGUUCCUGCUAUCCAGAUUGGUUCAAUACAAAUGCCUCUCCACAUUCAUCCUCCUGUUGGUCCAUCUCUUACUCAUGUGCAUCCUUCACAACCUCCUAUCGUCCAAUUCAGUCAGCUGUGUUAUACAUCUCCUUUCUCGCAGGGAAUUUUGCCCUUACCCCACCAAUCAAUGUCCUUUGUCCAGCCCAACAUGCAGGUCCAUUAUAAUCUGAAUCAGAAUGCUGGAGGCUCUGUGCCUAAUCAAACAGCUCAAGAUGCCCCACCACAUGCAGUAAAAGAUGAGGUGGCUUCUCUCUUGGUAAAUAAGCAGUCCAGAUUUGUGUCAGGACAGCCAGAUCAAUCUCAUGGGAACCUUCCCAGGCAAUUAGGUUCGGUUUUGGCUGAAGAUAGUUCGGAAGGUGAUUUUCUUUCACAUUCGAUAAAUUCUGAGGUUUCUGGUGCCUGUAAUAACAAGAUGAAGCUAGAAUCUAGUUCUCGAUCAGAAGAGAAAGGGCAACGUGAUUCUGUUUCGAACAAUUACUUGUCAUCAUCAAAGGAGAAUGGAACUGUAAGUCAGUUGCAGCGUGUACAACCAUCAUCAAAGUAUGUUUCUGGUGAGAAAAAUUUCAGUGGACCAAGACUCCAAGGCAUAGGUGGUAGCAGAGGGAGAAGAUAUGCCUAUGCUGUGAAAAAUUCCAACACAAGAUCUUCUUUUCUGGCUCCUGACACUUCUACAGAUUCAAAAGCUCCCAGUGAUGAAGAUGACUUCAUUGAAGUGAGAUCUAAAAGGAAAAUGAAGAUGACUUCACGGGCCACAAAGCUACUGCCUAAAUCUCGUGCUCCUAGACAAAGUGUUGUAGUGUCAACAAGUCCAAAUAAGCUCUCUGCACCACUGGCUAGACAAUCAUCAACCAACUCUCACUUCAAUUUUGUUGCCUCGGGGGGAAAAGGCUUGGGCGAUAAAGAAGUAUCCACAGGAACCACUGAAGUUUCCUCACCACUGGCUCCAAUUGGCACUCCUGAUCUGAAUACUGAAACUCCGGCUAUGACAACAUCUCAUGCCAUCACUUCCAUCCGAACAGAAUCAGUUUCUGCUGUUUCUAAUAAAAGUGGAAAAGACCUUGAGACUGCGAAAAUGUUUGAGAACAAAAAUAAGGUUUUGGAUAAUUUCCAUUCAGAUGCGAGUACUUGGGGCGCUGCAGGACUUAAUCAACAGGUUAUGGCCUUGACCCAGACUCAACUUGAGGAGGCUAUGAAGCCUGCUCGAUAUGAUUCACACAUUUCUGUUGAAGUCCAUUCCAGCACUGUUAGUGAUCCCGUCUUGCCAUCAUCAUCCAUGUUAUCAAAGGAUAAGUCUUUUUCUUCUGGUGCAAGUCCAAUCAAUUCCCUGCUUGCUGGAGAGAAAAUUCAAUUCGGUGCUGUUACCUCUCCAACAGUCCUUCCUCCAACUAGUCGUGUUGUUUCCCAUGGGAUUGGGGCUCCAGGUUCUAACCGAUCUGACAUACAAAUAUCCCGCAAUCAUUCUGCUGCUGAGAAAGAUAGUUCUCUUUUCUUUGAAAAAGAGGAACACCGCACUGACUCUUGUAUUGCCCUACAAGACAGUGAGGCUGAAGCUGAAGCAGCUGCUUCCGCAAUUGCUGUUGCAGCCAUCAGUAAUGAUGAGAUAGUUGCCCAUGGCUUAGGAUCUGUGGGUUUCUCGGAUGCCAAAAACUUCAGAGGCACUGACAUCGGUGAAAUUAUAGCAGCCGUAUCAGAAGAUCAGCAAUUGGCAAAUCAAUCGCGAGGUGAAGAAUCGUUAAGCGUAUCUCUUCCUGUAGAUCUUUCUGUCGAGACAACUCCAAUAUCCUUAUGGUCACCUAUGCCAAGUCCCCAGAGUUCUACACCCCAGUUGCUUUCUCAAUUUCCUGCGGGUCCACCUUCGCACUUCCCCUUCUAUGAGAUGAAUCCGAUGUUGGGGGGUCCAAUCUUUGCCUUUGGUGCAUGUGAAGAUUCUUCUGGCACUCAAUCGCAACCCCAGAAUAGUACAGUAUCAAGUUCGGGACCUACUGGUACCUGGCAACAAUGUCAUUCUAGCCUGGACUCAAUAUAUGGUCCUCCUGCUGGAUAUACUGGUCCUUUCAUUAGUCCACCCGGUGGUAUUCCUGGGGUGCAGGGGCCUCCCCAUAUGGUUGUUUAUAACCAUUUUGCUCCAGUGGGACAAUACGGACAGGUUGGUUUGAGUUUUAUGGGUACCACCUAUAUCCCUUCUGGUAAGCAAUCUGAUUGGAAACACAAUCCAACAUCUUCGGCUGUGCAUAUUGGCAAGGGAGAGAUGAGUAGUAUGAAUACUACUGUGCAACGAAAUAUGUCCAACAUGGCUGCUCCUGUUCAGCAUCUUGCCCCUGGAUCACCACUCUUGCCCAUUGCCUCCCCUUUGCCCAUGUUUGAUGUAUCUCCAUUCAAGUCUGCACCGGACCUAUCUGUUCAAGUUCGCUGGCCACAUCUUCCUGCAUCACCGCUUCACUCUCUGCCUCUCUCACGACCAUUGCAGCAACAACCAGAUGUUGUACUGCCUUCUCAAGUCAGCCAUGGACAUUCCAUUGGCCAAUCAUUAAAUGUCAAUAGGUUUUCCGAGUCUCGAAUUUCAACACCAUCAGAGAAUGACCCAACUUUUUCUGUGGCAGCAGAUACAAAUAUUGCCCAGUUUCCUGCUGAGUUAGGAUUAGUAGAUACAUUGAGAUCCAUCAAUUCAGGCACAUCUGCCCAGAGUGGCAUUGAUCAAAGCUCCACAGGAAGUGCUACUGCUGAGUCUGGCAAGACUGAUCUUCUUAAGAAUGGCAUCGACAAAAAUGGUAAACACCAAAGCACUAAUUCUCUGAAGACUCAACCGUUCCCUCAGAAGAAUGCAUCCACCCGACAGGGUAAUUCCUCUGGCUAUAAUUACCAAAGAGGUGGUGGGAUGUCCCAAAGAAACAAAGCAGGAAAUGAGUGGUCCUAUCGAAGAAUGGGUUUCCAUGGAAGGAACCAGUCUGCUGGUGCAGAAAAGGGUGGUCAUGGUUCAAAAAUGAAACAAAUAUAUGUGGCUAAACAAACCACAAGUGGAAGUUCUAAUGCAGCGUGA